AUGAAUAAUGAUACAAAAAGUUCAAUUCAAAAAGUCCUAAAAAAAUACAACUUGACUAUCGAAUCCAAUCCAUCUCAAUUAUGCGACUAUGCUAGCGAACUUAGUGUUAUGUUACCAGACUGGAAGGCUUGA